AUGGCUGAUUACCAGUACGAUCAACGCCGAUAUGGCCCUUCGUCCGGCAAUCAGCGAGAUGCCGCCUUCUCCAACAUUUUCGGUUCCCAUCCCCCUCCGGGUCGAACUGGUACAAUGACCUCGGCGUCGCCAGCCGGUAUCUCCUCGCCGCACAUGCCACCACAAGAGGGUAGAACCCAGACCAUGUCGUCCAUGUCGAGCAUGUCCUCCGAUAUGCAACGAAGGGCCCCUCCACGACCCCAGCGAGCAGGAGGCUACGAAGAAGCGAUAGCACCUCGGACUAGAACAAUGGACACAAGUAUGGCAAAUGGUUAUUAUCAGAGCCAGCGAAACCCUUCUGGAGGUUAUCCUCAGGGCCAAGGACAAUAUGGCGGGCAAUACGGUGGGAGGCCGCCAAUGCCUACUGGACCGAACCAAAGGCCUUAUCCCGGUCCUCCACCGCAAGGUCCUCCUCGAUUCGACUCUAGGGGACCUCCUCAACCGGGAUAUCCUCCACGAAAUCCCGUCCCUAGACCUUACCAAGGCGGCCCGGGGCCUGGUCCUGCUAUGCGGGAUGACCCCUUUCGCUCCCAGUCGCUUGCUAGUGUGCCGCGACCACAGAUGUAUCAACAGCAGCCUGGUUCAUACCAGACACCUCAGAAUAAUUUUAGACAGGCUCCUAACGCUUCUCCUAUGUCUCGAACAACGGCGCAAGGCCGAGUAGUCCCCGAACGCCACGACGAUCGAUCAAUGUCUAUGACCGGCUAUCCUCCCGAACGCGACGCACACCAGAUGAUGAGCGGCCGUGUAAUUCCCAACCGUAUGAGGGCUCCAUCGAACGAAAUGCCUAUGAUGAAUGGGAAUACAGGUGGAUAUAACGGAUUCACCCCUGCGCCUGGAACUGCUACAAGGACAAUGAGCAUGGCAUCAUCGACCGUCGCUGGCGACCACAGCCGCACAAUGUCAAUGGCCAGUACCAUUGUCCCUGAGACUUCUGAGCAGGCCCGUCAGCAACUAUCGCAGCAAUCGCAGCAAACUCAGCAGCUGGUACACCGACCUUCAAUAUCUUCGAGGUCAAUCGAGGGCGAACGACCCCCUACUGCUAAGAUCCGUCCACCUCUGGUUUAUCCCGCCCUCCUCUCGAGGGUCGCCGAGUGCUUCCGACAGAAGAUCAUCACGGGCGAACGAACGAAGAACGAGCUGACAUACAAAAAUGCUUUUAGCGGCUCAGAGGCUGUCGAUGUCCUGUCGUACAUCAUUAGGACUACAGAUAGGAAUCUGGCUUUGCUCCUAGGUCGAGCUCUCGACGCGCAGAAGUUUUUUCACGAUGUUACCUACGAACACCGGUUGCGAGAUUCGACGGCCGAAAUGUACCAAUUCAGAGAGACACUAAUGGAUGAGCCGGAAGAGAAACACCCCGUCAACGGUGUAUUUGUCUUGCUUUCGGAGUGUUAUUCGCCGACGUGUACUAGAGACCAACUUUGCUAUUCUAUCGCAUGUCCUCGAAGGCUGGAACAGGUUUCUCGCUUGAACCUCAAGCCACAGGUAGGAUUGAGGAAGGACCAAGACGCCACUAUCAACGACGACGCGGACCAGACGGACGAACAGAAGCUCUGGAUUAACACCGUUCCUAAGGAAAUUGCUGAAAGUGUCGGCGAUAGGGAGAAGAAGAGACAAGAAGUUAUUUCCGAAAUUUGCUACACUGAAAGAGACUUCGUUAAGGAUCUUGAAUAUCUUAGAGAUUUCUGGAUUUUGCCCCUGCGCUCGAAGGGCUCGCCGAUUCCUGCUCCGAGAAAAGAACGAGUUGUUCAGAACAUUUUUAGCAACAUCAUUGACCAUCCUAGCAUCCAUUCGGUCAGUUCUAGAUUCGCCAAGGCUUUGACGGAGAGGCAACAAAAGCACCCCGUGGUUAGAAAUCUCGGGGAUAUCUUCUUAGAGAUUGUCCCCCAGUUUGAGCCAUUCAUCUUGUAUGGUUCUAAGCAACUGGAAGCUAAAUUCGAAUUCGAAAACGAGCGAUCUAGCAACCCUUAUUUUGCGAAAUUCGUUGAGGAAAUCGAAAGGAGAAAAGAGUCAAGGAAGCUAGAAUUGAACGGUUACUUGACGAAACCCACGACGAGAUUGGCGCGUUAUCCUUUGCUACUAGAGAACGUUUUGAAAUACACAGAAGAUGGUAACCCUGAUAAGGAAGACAUUCCUAAGGUCCUUACCAUGAUCCGCGACUUGCUAAGCAGAGUCAACGCCGAGUCUGGUAAAGCCGAAAACCGCUUCAACCUACGCCGCUUACACGAGCAACUGAAAUUCCGCCCUGCUGAUCGUAUGGAUCUUAAGUUGACGGAGGAAGGGCGUGAAUUAGUUUUCAAGACUACAUUCAAGAAAACGCCUACAGACCCCACAGAUAUUACAGCCUUCCUAUUUGAUCAUGCCGUUUUGCUUGUGCGCAUAAAACAAGUUGGCAAAGGAGAAGAAGUAAAGGCUUAUAGGAGACCCAUUCCGCUAGAGCUCCUCUCCAUCAAAGAAAUGGACGAGGUCAUUCCUCAAGCAGGCGUUAAACGCGCAUCUUCGAAUUUACCUUUCCGUGGCAAAGACUCUGAUAAAAAAUCCACCGAAGGCUGGCCCAUAACCUUCCGACAUUUAGGCAAGAAUUAUUACGAGCAAGUUUUAUAUGCUUCCAAUCAGACGGCUAGGAAAAAGUGGCUUGAGUUUAUUGAUUCAGCCCAGCAACGCCUUCGAGCACGAGCCGACUUCUUCAAUGUUAAUACCCUAUCUUCUAAUUUCUUCCAGGCUGGCAAUCUUGUCAACACUGUUACGCCGUUCGAUGGUGGCCGUAAACUCAUAUAUGGUACUGACCAUGGUAUCUAUGUCUCAGACCGAAAGGUCAAAGACCAGGUGCCUAAGCGUGUCAUCGAAACACAGCAUGUUACUCAGGUCGAUGUUCUAGAAGAAUAUGGUCUCUUGCUGGUGCUAUCGAACAAGACACUAUCAUCAUACUCACUCGCAGCAUUAGAUCCUAAUGAGCCAGCGCUCGCGAAACGACCAAAGAAGAUCCAGAGCAACUGUAAUUUCUUCAAGACGGGUAUUUGUCUAGGUAGACAUUUAGUCUGUUGCGUCAAGUCUAGCGCGCUUUCAACGACAAUCAAGGUUUACGAACCCAAUGACUCGAUGAGCAAGGGAAAGAAACAAAAAGGAUUUGGCAAGAUGUUUAACGCUGGUCAAGAUGAGCUGAAGGCAUUUAAGGAAUUCUAUAUUCCCACUGAAUCCUCGUCGGUUCACUUCCUCAAGAGCAAGCUCUGCGUGGCAUGCGCUAGAGGUUUCGAGGUCGUCUCCCUUGAAACCCUUGAAACACAGUCGUUGCUAGACCAAGCCGACACAUCGCUAGACUUCGUCGCAAGGAAAGAAGGCGUCAAGCCAAUCCACAUCGAGCGACUCAAUGGAGAAUUCCUUCUCAACUACUCGGAAUUUUCAUUCUUUGUUAACCGAAACGGUUGGAGGGCGAGACCAGAGUGGCGCAUUGACUGGGAGGGAACACCGCAAGCAUUUGCGCUGUCUUACCCGUGGAUCCUCGCGUUUGAGCCCAACUUCAUCGAACUUAGGAAUAUUGAAAGCGGCGCAGUUCAUAUUGUUCCACACAAGAAUAUCCGGAUGCUACACAGCAGUACGCAUGAGAUUUUAUUCGCAUACGAAGACGAAGCUGGUGGCGAUGUGAUUGCUGCCCUUGACUUCUGGAAGAACACCCGAAAGUCCGAGAUGCCGAUGCAAUGA